AUGUUGCUGAUCUUGAACCAAUGGUGGCUGAGAAAGAAUCCAGUGAUUAAUCACAAGGAAAUUCAACAGCAGAACGACCUGCCCGGCUACAUCGUGUUCACCAAUUAUCCGUACAUGUAUCGCAAGAGUUUUGCCAACGCUUGCACAUUCGAAGAGUUGCAGGAUCAUUGUUGUCUAUUCAUACCGAAUCUGAAGAAACAAUCCAUCGAAUCGCUAAAGAUUUACAAUCAGAUUCUUCGCACCGACAUCAGGGCGAAACUCAUCGAGACGCUGCGACUGAUUCACGUCGAUUUUUUCAACGACAACCAGGUGUACAAUCUAUUGAAUAUUCUCAUCAAAUGGUUCGACAACGAGAUUCUUCACGAGUGCGACGCGAAGAUUGCCGACCAAUUCGCCGCCAUGUCCAGAAUGAAAAAUAAUAAAACCAAAAACAACGAAAACUACGUAAAGUAUGCUAAAUUGAAAAUGUUCAAGUUUACAAUGUGGCAGUCUUGGUUGGAGGCUUUCACCAAAUUUAUCGAAUAUCAUCGUAAUUCUAUUGCCAAAUACACCAAGAUACUCGCCAGAGACUUGUCGCUCGAUUAUAUCGUACACAUGCGUACAAAGACGCACGUGCAAGAGUUGAAUGUCCUGAUGAACGUUGAAAUGUCACACGGCAGCAUAAAGAAUCAAAUUCAAGGUCGAAAGAGUCAGAUGCGUCGCAAUCUACUAUCGCCCAAGAUACUCGAGAUUAGAUGUCAAAUUGCGCUGAGAUUCGAUUUGCAGGCCGAUUCAAUCAUUCUGCCCGAUAAAAAGGCCAUAUUCGAUAAAGACUUUCCGAUAUGCGGCACGAUAGAUUCGCUGUUUACUAAUGGAAAAAAAGACGAACAUGGUAAAUUGCAUACCAUUAUGUACGAUUGGAAAACUACCAACAAAGAUCUGCUGGCCUCUGUCGGUAGAGUGAGCUACGGUCUAGGACCCGCAUCGAUAUUUGAAAAUACCUCGCUAUCCAAGUAUUAUAUUCAACAAAACAUCUAUAGAUACAUGUUAGAGAAGGAAUCGAACGAUUAUAAUAUAAAGAUUGACGAGAUGCACCUGAUUACGUUCAAUAUUAAAGACGACGUAUUCAGAAUAUAUAAAGUACCGUACAUUUCAGAUAGAAAGAUCGAAGAGUGCGUCUCCUUUGCUUUACAAAAUACUAAACUCGAUAAACGUGUC